AUGGCGGAACUGGCGACAGAUUCGCUCAGGGGCAAGUAUGAAGUUGGCGAACUACUUGGCGAAGGCUUCAGUGGCUUCGUCUACGCUUGCAGGCGACACAAUGCCAGCGAAGCUUUGGCUGCCAAGGUGUGCACAAAUCGACCCGGUUCAGCAGAAGAAACCCGUGAUGAAGCCUUGCUGUUGCGUAGCAUGUGCCACAGCUCUAUAGUGAAGGUUCAUGACAUUUUUGACAAUGGAAAGUCCGUGUACUUCGUCAUGGACCGGAUGCAUCAAGAUCUUCUCGAUGGACUACAGAGCUACAUCAUGAGGGAAAAGUCGCAUAUGAACGGCUUGGUGCACAUCGUUCGGCAGAUGGUGGCUGCAGUACAGUAUCUUCACACCCUGGCCGUCGUCCAUCGUGACGUUAAGCCGGAGAACUUUUUGAUCGAUAGCGAGCGGCUAACCGACCCUUCUUGCAGGGUGGUCCUGGCCGACCUUGGGUCAGCCUGCAAGCUUGCACAGAAUCAGCGCUUGUCCGAACAGGUUGGAACUACAGUGUACUGGUCUCCGGAGAUGUACGACCAGGACUAUGGUCUGAAAGUUGACAUCUGGGCCUUGGGCAUCUGCCUGCAUUGCAUGGCCAGCAACACGUUCCCCUUUGUCGAUGAGGACGAGGUUCGCACAAAAACUUUCCGACUCCGUCGUGUCAGCCCAUCAUGCAACAGAUUGAUCCACUCAAUGCUGAACAAGGUGGAGGCAAAGCGGCCCAAUAUCGACGAAGUCCAGCAGCACCCGUGGCUGACCGGCAAGGACGAUCCAGAGAAUCACGAGCAGGAUGAAUGCGGCUGGAAGGUCAAUGGUUGGCUCAGCGUGCUCUCGAGACCGGAGAAGCACCAGUGGCCUUCACCACGUAAGUCUCGCAGAGCCUGGCCACGGGCGGCGCUUCCACUUCUCUUCGCCUUCUGCUUGACUGGGCUGGUCUUCAAGCCCCAACGCUCUGGCUGGGAUGCAUCGGCUGCUCGCUGGACACCUUUGGACGGAGCAGCCUCAAACCCACCAGCUUCCCUGAGACACGUAAUCCGUGGUUCCUUUUCGAGCUGCGCCCAAGCAGUCUUCAGCAUGGCCACGCCGUGA